AUGUCGAAACUGUGGGAGGUAGACCCGGAGACGAAGGCGAAGCUCCUCCAAAUUUCCAAAACUAACGGAAACGAUAAAUGCUGCGACUGCGGCGCGCCAUCGCCUCAAUGGGCCUCCCCUAAAUUCGGAAUAUUCAUCUGUCUCAAUUGCGCAGGCACCCACCGCGGCCUGGGCGUCCACAUCUCUUUCGUGCGAUCGAUCACCAUGGACGCCUUCAAGAUCGCCGAGAUCCAACGUAUGGAGCUCGGUGGUAACGAACCAUGGAAGUCAUUCUUCGAUGACCACAUCGUCACUCAGUCCGAAGGCCGUACAUUCGAAGACUCCACCAUCAAAGAGCGCUACGAAGGCGAAGUAGGCGAGGAGUGGAAAGAGAGACUCUCCGCCAAAGUCGAGGGGCGAGAAUACGUUCCGGGACAGAAACCAGCCCAACCAAAGAAGAAAGCCACCGUUGAACCCGCAUCUUCGCGAUCAAGCACACCGUUGGGUCGUGCGUCUCCUGCGUCGCAUGAUGGAUUCGGAGGUAUGGAUGGUGGGCGGAAAGAGCGUAACGAGGCAUACUUUGCGAAAAUGGGCUUGGAAAAUGCCACGCGAUCGGAUUCCGUUCCACCAUCGCAGGGUGGAAAGUUCACUGGGUUUGGUGGUGGCAUGCCCGUUUCAUCGGGACCGUCGAGAAAUCCAUCCGGAGGAAAUAUUCCCGGGUUUGACGAUUUUCAGAAAGAUCCUAUGGCUGCAUUGACCAAAGGGUUCGGCUGGUUUACGUCUACCGUUGGAAAGAGUGCGAAGACUGUGAACGACUCAUACAUUCAGCCUACCGCUAAGUCGAUAGCGGAAUCCGACUUCGCAGCCCAAGCCCGCCAGCAUGCCACCCAACUUGGUCAAACUGUCCAAGUCGGCGCCCGCGGUGCGGCUGGUCACUUCCAGCGAUUCGUAGAAGGCCCAGACGAGAACAGCGCCGGUCGUCGUCGCGCCGAACCCGAACGUAAGGAUUUCUGGGACGACUUCUCCGCCCUCGGGCAAGAGGACAGUCACCGCAGAAAUGCCUCCCGGUCCAGCGCCAUCGGAACUGCAGCCAUGAAACCCGGCCCUACCUCUGGUGCCAGCGCCACGACGGGCAAUACAUCAUCAACGACCGCGAAGGAAAAGGAUGACUGGGACAAUGAUUGGUGA